AUGGAAGAUGAAUCCACUGAGGCUGACAUCAAUGAAGUCGAGCCAACGAUGGCUCAAGUAGUUACGUUGUUCCCUCCUUCAACAACGCCGAUGCCAGCGACGUCUUCGCCAGUGCCCUUUCCUACGGUGACUACCACAGCAGUUGCUGAAAGCACCGCUACCGAGAGCACAGCUACUGAAAGCACGGCUGCGGAAAGCACAGAUGCUGAAGUAACGGAGUUGAGCGCUGCGACUUCAGUAACAACCACGACGGAGGAGGCGAGUGAGACAACCGCGAUAAUCAGGCCUGAGUCGAGUGUGAGUGCGGCUGUCGUCGCGGAGUCCAGUGACGAAGCGGAAGAUGAUGUCGUGGCGGUGACGGCUUAG